CUCGACACGUCUCACCUGCGUCCGGUGGCUGAUGCUUUCCAAGUGUUGCAUGGUUUUCGAUCAGUCUUUUAAAAGCUGUAAGUCAUCGGAGUCGUUUGGCGUCUUUCGCAAUAUAGUGUUAAUUAAACAGUUCGGUAGUACGUGAUUAAUAUCGAACAAUUAUCAGGCAUAAUGAUAACAUUAAUUAAAUAUUAGAAUGUCAGUUCAGUGCGUGAUCGACUUUCGUGUUGUAAGGUGAAAUGCUUUUCAUAGUGUAAAUAAGUAAUAAGUGUUUGUUAAAAAGAAAGUAAAAAAUGUGGGGUGCUGCAGUGUCAAAUCCACCUCACUAUCAUUAUAUUCAGACAAAUUCAGGGGGUCAAGUUCCUCAGCGUGGUCCAUCAGGGCCCAUUUUAUCAGGACCUAACGCAAAGCAUUUAAGACCUCAGUCAUCGUAUUCUUUGCCACAUGGCAGCAAUGGUCCCGGUCGAUGGAGCUGGUCCGGUAGCAAUUCGUCUUCUUUUGAUAGAAGACAAUUGAAAGUACCUCCUCAACCGGCUAGACCAGCACCAAUCAGACCUGGAAAUAAUAGAACUGGCAACAAUAAGGUCGAUCCUGAGCUGAUCUUCACAAAACAAGAGAAGAUCGGCAAGGGUUCCUUUGGUGAGGUUUUCAAAGGUGUCGAUAACAGAACACAGCAAGUGGUCGCCAUUAAAAUAAUUGACCUCGAGGAAGCCGAAGAUGAAAUCGAGGACAUUCAACAGGAGAUUAUGGUGCUGUCACAGUGUGAUAGCCCAUACGUUACCAAAUAUUACGGAUCAUACUUGAAGGGAACUAAAUUAUGGAUUAUUAUGGAAUACCUCGGCGGGGGGUCAGCUUUGGAUCUGAUGAAGGCUGGCAGCUUCGAGGAGAUGCACAUAGCGGUUAUACUAAGAGAGGUGUUACGUGGCCUCGACUACUUGCACUCCGAGAGGAAACUGCAUAGAGACAUCAAAGCUGCUAACGUACUCCUUAGCGAGAUGGGUGACGUCAAACUAGCCGAUUUUGGUGUCGCGGGCCAAUUGACGAAUACGACGAGCAAACGGAACACGUUCGUCGGUACACCGUUCUGGAUGGCGCCGGAGGUCAUCAAACAGUCGUGUUACGAUAGCAAGGCUGACAUCUGGUCGUUGGGCAUCACAGCCAUAGAACUGGCAAAGGGUGAACCUCCUAAUUCAGAGCUCCAUCCUAUGAGAGUCCUCUUCCUCAUACCUAAGAACAACCCACCACAGUUGACCGGCAGUUAUUCGAAGCCAUUCAAAGAGUUUGUCGAGGCGUGUCUGAACAAGGAUCCCGAAAAUAGGCCGACGGCAAAGGAGUUACUAAAGUUCCAAUUCAUCAGGAAGGCCAAAAAGAAUUCGUAUUUAAUGGACCUCAUAGACAGGUAUAAGAAGUGGAAGGCGCAGAGGAGUGAGGAAAGCGAGACGGAAUCUGAGAACUCGGACUCCGAGGAAGGUGGUCGAGGCGACGGAGAGGCUGACGAGCCUUGGAUUAUGACUGUGAGGGGAGGAGCCGUCGCCCGCGGCUUACACACACAUACGGACGACAGGAGGCGGCAGGGCGAUGAUAUUGUGAGCUCUCCCACAUCAGCCAACAAACAGAACGGUUCGGUUUCCCACGAGCCGACGCACGACAACCACAAGAUGGCGCCCACCAUCAACAAUAACACCAACGAAAAACAUGCCUCACGCCAGUCUCCGAUGGUGUCCCCGAGUGUCGAGAGGGCGAAGGAGCGAGAUAGAGAAAGAGAGAGGGAGAGGGAAAGAGAAAGAGAAAGAGAGAGAGAGAAGGACGAGCGGAAGGAGAGAGAAAGAGAACACAGAGAGUCUUCCAACAGAGACAGCGUAGUUUAUAAUAAUAAGGCUUCCUCACCCUUGGACCACAGAGGAACGAACAAUGAGGAGAAUAAAGUGAGGCGGCAUGCGUACCUACAGCAGCUGAUAUACCCACUACUGAAUGAGUUGUCCCGCAAGCACGGUUCGAGCAGCGCGGCCGCGGUGGAGGAGCUGCGGCGGGCGUUCGAGAGCGCCGAGCGGGCCGCGCCACACCUCACCAGGGCGUUCGUACAACAGGUGGUGCAGAGGGUAGCAACACAGUCGCACGCGCCGCCCGCACACGGCUCGCAGUGGAUGAGGUAGGGAUCUAUAAUGUGCUUGAGACGCCUCGCCGCCUCACCUCACAGUCGACUCGCGUGAAUUCAUCAUUCGACUACAUCUCUAUGCCGCCCACGACGUAUCGCGGGCUAUAAAUAAGCGCUUUAACCGAUUACGGCGCUGCGACAUACAUAUCGUGUCGUAAGCUAUGGAAGCGCUUAUGCAAACAAUUACUGCACGCGGUAGCGCUUGCGUCGUAUGACGUCACCGACCAAUCAGGACUGCCUUCGUACACGUUUGAUCCUAUAUUUUGUUACCCUAAUAGCGUCUAGUUAAUAAUUAUAUACUAAAUACUAAAUUAGUGAUUGGAUGUAACUGUCUAAAGUAUGGAAUGAGAAUCGGUUAUUAUUUUUGUAUAAAUCAAGAAUUUAAUAUGUCGCUAGUGAUGUGUCAUGCCGUCGUACCACGAUAAUUUUUUUUAUAUUAAUUCCGCUCGCCGCUUCACCGCCGUACUCCGCUCGAGAUAAUAUAUUUUACAUUGGAACAAUCACUAGCUAUAUAUUAUCGAAAUCACAGAUUCAAUAUAUGGUGUCACGUGACACGUUUCUGCUUAUAUAUUUUUUGUGUUGUGUUAGCGAUCUAACAAGUAACAGAUAUUAAAUCCUAUGUAUAGCGCAAUGUAACCGUCGCACUUCGAUUCUAAACAGUAUGAUAAGCUAUUUGUAUUAAAUCGAACAAUUCUAUCCAUAUUCCGUCUUCUAGUGACCUUAUACAGCGAUAUUUCUUAACGCCUCGUACACCGCGCGCGUCGCGAGCUCCCCGUGACGCGGGACGCCCCUCCCGACGCACGACGUCCGCGAGUUUAGUUGUAUGGUACCGUUGUCUUGUUUUAAUAAAAGUAACUAAUGUAUGUAGAGUCAGCUGAUUGUGUUUUCGUUUUAGAAACAUUAUUUAGAAUUUUUUAAUUUAUAAAUAUUAGUGGAGGGAUGAUACACUUCGCCAAUAUUUUGCCAUAAUUUUGUUCUAAAGUUUGUUUUUUUUUUUUAUUAUAUAUAUAUAAUACUAACAAGUUUCGUAUAGAGGUCCGGUGCCUUCGAAAUUCUAACGUAUUUAUGUAUUUAGAUGUAUCUUUUGGUAGUUUUUUCGUAGUGUCCAUUCCAGACAAAAGACGACAUUGUCAGCAUUUAUAGAUUUAUUUGUUUUUUUUUUUGUGUCAAAAUCAUACUUUUCCUUAUUACUCAACAGCACUGUGUUCGCUGAAUCGUAAGUGUUAAAUUUUUCUUUUUUUAGUUUAGUGUUCGUGUAGUUGUUAGUUUCGGUUAAUCCUGUGACUAAUGUUCUAAAAAAAAUUAUACAUUAAAUCUUAUAUUUGUUGCAAAGUUUUUAUUAUAAUUUUAUUUUUCUCGUUCACAUAACCUUAGUAUUCUUGUGAAUUGUAAAGUAUUGUACCGAGGACGCUGUGGACAUGCUUGAUAUGGGACAAUAUUUAGCAAUCGGAACUAUAUAGAUUAUAUUAUAACGAAGACUACAAGAAACAAUUAUUAUUGCUGUGUAAAAUAAAAAAAAAAUGUAAACCUAUUAUAAAUGUGUAAAUUGUGUAGUAUAAUAUAAAGAAAGCUGUUUUAUGAAGUGUUCUUAUAAGCGUUUGGAGGUUGUGCGGAGGGGGAGGGGGGGGGAAGACACGGAGUAUAUUAUACUUAUAAUUUAUACAUCAUUCUUAGUCUGCAUUCUCAUUGGAGUUGUGAGAGAUGGCGAUAAAAACGACCUGGAACCACGAAUAUCACUUCAAUGGCUCCCUCGGUGAUUCCCAUGUGUACACAACCUUAUAUUAUGCAGGAAUCACUCGCUAUGUGACUCUGUCAGUCGCGAGUCGUCCUCCCCCCACCUUCUUUUUGGAACGCCUCGUAUUUUGUUUUGCCAUGUCCUCAUGGGUGUUGAUUUGGUUAUGAUGGAGAAACAAAAAAAAUAUUUUUCCACUUGAUGGUAUUAUAUUAUAAUGAGUGUAGUCUUAGAGUUGGGCGAUAAUUGUUGAUUAUUGAUUAAAAUUAGGUGUUUUCGGCGUUGGAACGUAGUGGGGAUCGAUCUGGGGACUGUUGGUUUGGAAGUCGAUCGACCAGCCAGCGUGACCCGCCGAUUGUAGUUGUUACCUACGUAAUUCGCAGUUUGUUCGGGAUCGUGUCGUCUGGUUCAUGGGUAUUGUGAUCAUAAUUUCAUAGUUAAUACAUUAAAAUAUUAUAAUAUAUAUGAUAUAUCGGUAUAGAUGCCGUACGUACAGCGUAGUGUGGUGAGAACACGGUCGUCCCGUCGUCAUGAGACAACGCUUUAUUGAGUUACUGUGAUAUAAAUAUACGGUGAAUCGUCUUGGAUGUUACGAUAACGGAGUGCGGGGUCUGUUUAAACUAUGCGACACGACCACGACACGACGACGACGCCGGGACGACUUAGUGUACGAUAUAACGCACUCAUGCACCAAGUCGAAGUAACAACGACCCGUACCAUAAGUGUAAUGGUCAUUAAUGUUACGGCGUCAUUCUAACACUUAUGUAGGAAACAAAUUUGACUCUGAAAUAAAAGAAGUUAUUUAAUUUUGGA